AUGAGACUGUUACAAUCGCUUGGUGUGAUCGCCAUUGCCCUCUCUUCUGUCGCGACUGCCGCAAGCUUGUGGACCUUUGACGAUGCGACGUUGCAGAUCGCAACCAAGGGCGCAGAGCCAGUGAAGCAGAAACUCAACGCAGACUCGCCAGUCUCUUCUUCCUCACCAGUCACACUUCCUGCCGCAUCGACGCUGAAGAUUCUCCUGACCGCGAAGGAGGGCAAGACUGGCAAGCGACCGCACCAAGCCUUCCUUACCCUGCAAGAUCCCGAUACUGGUUUGGAAGAGUCGCUGGCAUUCAGUGUGAAGGAUAAUGGCAAGGCGACUGUCGCCGUGGCUCCUAAAGACCUCCCAUUCCAGCUUCUGACCAGGUCCAAGCCUCUCAAGGCUUCUAUUACGCUCGCAUCUUUCGGCUCGUCGACCCCAUAUAACAGCCAAGCGUUCAACCUAAAGAUCGAGAAAGACACCAGCAACCCACCCGUGAUCCCUUCCCCACCAGAGCGCUACACCAGCAAGCCCGAAAUCCACCACGUCUUCCGCGAAGAUCCCCGCCAGCCUCCCACCAUCAUCAGCCUGUUCUUUACACUCGCCAUCUUGGUCACAUUGCCAGCAUGGAUUGGAGGUGUGAUGUAUCUGGGCGGGAACUUUGACCACGUGGGCAAGGCAUUUGGUGCUAACCCGGUGGCACAUGGCUUGUUCUUCGGAAGCAUCGUCGCCAUGGAAGGCGUUUUCUUCCUAUACUACUCAAGCUGGAACCUUUUUCAGACUCUGCCUGUGGCUGCGGUGGUGGGAAUGGUGGCAUAUGUCAGUGGCAGCAGGGCCUUGACUGAGGUGCAAGAAAGACGCUUGGCUGGCGAACGAUAG